GUUCUCUUCAGGAAAAAGAAGUACUUGACAAAGCCUACAGAAAGAUGAAGAAAUUUGAGACAACCAGGAGCAGAAGUGAAGAGCAGUUUAGCUCUAUUCCUACUGCCCUUGAAGAGCCAGUUAACCUUUCCAUCCAGCUCCAGUCAGAGAGUUCUCUGCUACUGGGACAAGAUAUUCCGCUUUCCAUUCAAGUGUUUAACCACAGUGGUGAAGAAAAGGCUACUCACCUGAUAGUUGGAGCCCAGUCUCUACAUUAUAAUGGUGCAGCUGUUACCAAACUUUGGAAGGAAGAGUUUCAUUUUACCCUCAAAAGCAAUGAAGCUAACAACCUGCAGGUCCUUGUGCCUUACUCACAGUACAGAAAAGAGCUGGGUGAGAACCAUCUGCUUAGGCUGACUGCCAUGCUGAGAGACGAGGACUCCUCCGACAUAUACCUUGCACAGGAAGAGAUCAGGAUUUGUGAUCCUGUCCUCACUAUUAAGUUUCCAGAAAACAUGGUACAAUAUCAACCAAGCACAGUAAAGAUCAGCCUCCUGAACCCUCUCACUGAACCCUUGGACAAGUGUGUGAUAGUGGUUGCAGGGCAAGGGCUCAUUUACAGACAAAGGAAGUACAGGCUGGGCUCUGUGCAACCUAAAAGCAUUCAAGAGCUGCAAAUCCUAAUCACCCCCACUCAAGUAGGGCCCAGAAGACUCACUGCACAUCUUACCUGCCCUCAACUCCAGAACUUGAAGAGCUACAAAACUAUCGAUGUUGCAGCUGCCUGA